UAAUAAUGUGAUUACUGCAUUCUUUUACCCCUUCGAGUAGUGUAUUUAAUUAUUGUUAUAAAAAGAAACUAUUUUUCCAUGACAAAAAGCAAAAUUCUGAAAAUAGUAGUAAUAUUAUUAUUUAAUUUUCACCACCUCCCUCUCUCUCUCUCUAGUUAGCAUUUAAAAACCCAUUACCCAACCGUCUACGCAUAAUCGGAGUUUUCUCUGCCGCCAUAUUCAAAGCAGUUAAUGUGAACACGUUCUUCAGAAAUCUCAAAUCGGAGCCGCAAAAACAAAAAAGAAAGUGAAAAAUGUCGGUACACGGACGUUUUCCGGCGAGUCCGCCGGUUUCAUUAUCUCCGGCAUCUUCCUCAUCGCCGAGUUCUCAGUCACCGCCGACUCCUGAUCUGAAGCAACGAGUCAUCGCCUGUCUCAACAAGCUCGCUGACCGCGACACCUUAGCUCUCGCCACGGCGGAGCUUGACUCAAUCGCUAGAAACCUCACUCACGACUCCUUCUCUUCUUUCCUCAACUGCAUCCACAACACCGACUCCUCGUGUAAAUCUCCGGUGAGGAAACAGUGCGUCGCCGUCUUGUCGCUCAUGUCUCGCUACCACGGCGACUCUCUCUCUCCUCACCUCUCUAAGAUGGUCUCCACCGUUAUCCGCCGUCUCCGAGAUCCGGAUUCCUCCGUUCGCUCCGCUUGCGCCGCCGCGACCGCGGAUAUGUCCGCCCACGUCACGAGGCAGCCGUUUGCCUCCGUCGCGAAACCGCUCAUCGAGACGCUGAUACAGGAGGGAGAUUCGAACUCGCAGAUCGGAGCGGCGUUGUGCUUGGCGGCGUCAGUGGAAGCUGCGACGGAUCCGGAAACGGAGCAAUUGAGGAAAUCUCUGCCUAAGAUCGGGAAACUCCUCAAGAGCGAGGCUUUCAAGGCCAAAGCGGCGCUGUUGAGUGCGGUGGGUAGUAUAAUUACCGCCGGCGGCGCAGGAACUAAACCGGUUUUGGAUUGGUUGGUUCCGGUUUUGGUCGAGUUUCUAAGCAGCGAGGACUGGGCAGCGAGAAAAUCUGCGGCGGAGGCUUUGGGUAAAGUCGCGACGGGUGAAGAAUUGGCGUCGCAGUACAAGAAAGCUUGCACGGCGGCUCUUGAGAGCAGAAGAUUUGAUAAGGUGAAAAGUGUGAGAGAAACUAUGAAUCGAGCAUUGAAUCAGUGGAAAGAAGUUCAAAAUGAUUUCGACGAAGCCUUAUUAUCUUCCACUGAUGAUGGUAGUAGUAGCAUUGGAUGCUUUUCCUCAGUCGUCACGAGAAGUUCGACGAUUGAGGUUGGUUUUAAGUCUUCAAGAGCAAAGAAAGCAACGCCUAUAAUCAAGAGGUCCCCAUCUAUGCCUGUGAAUAGAUCAUACGCAGCUACUAGACAAAAGGAGAAUCUUCCAAAAAUAAAUCAAGGGAAUGUGACCAUGUUAGUAGCAGUAGCAGCUGCUUCUAGUGUGGAUAGCAAGGGACCACAGUUUCCACCGGUGAAGCAAUCUUUGGAAGAUCGGAGUAGUAAAGUCGUGGAGCCGGAGGAGGAAGAGGAGAAGGAGAACGAAGGGGGACCAGAUAUAAUCAAACAUACAAUCUCAGAGAGAAGCCGGGAAGAUAAAAAAGUGCAUGGCUUUGGUGGUUUGAGGUCUGGCUCAAGGGUUGCACCUUGCAGUGACGAUGGUGAUGAUUCUGUUGCCAAGAAUGGUAAAGAUGAUGUUGAUGAUAGCAAGAAAGACAGUGAGGAACUGUCUUUGAUACGGGAACAGCUUGCUCUCAUUGAGAACCAGCAGUCAAGUCUCUUAGACCUUCUUCAGAAAUUCAUGGGAAGCUCACAGAGUGGGAUCCAGUCUCUGGAGUCACGUGUAAGCGGUUUAGAGAUGGCUUUGGAUGAAAUAUCAAGCGAUCUUGCGGUUUCAAACGGGAGAGCCUCUAAGAAUAGUAGCUGCGGAGGAGAGAGUUGUUCAAAAUUCUGGAGGAAAACAGAGGAGAGACCGGUGCAAACAAGGAUUAGAAACACAGACACGCAAGAGAACAGUUUUGAGCAAGGGAUGCGAGAAUCAACAGAUGCGAACAACGGUCAAAGGGGAGGUUCGGUUUUUCAAAAGAGAUCACCAAGAAACCAGUUCCAAGACUCUAUGCAUACAACACUACAGAAACCAACCACCAGGUUACCAACUUGAAGUAAAAGAGAUAAUGCACUUGAGAGAUUGAAUUUUUUGGGGAAAGAGAGUGAUGUGAGGAUUGAAGCACACAAUAGAAGCUGACCAGACUCUGACUCAAGACGGUGAAAAUGAAAAAAAAAGCCAAAUCUCAGAUUCGAUGCUUUGCUUCAACCGCCUGUGUGAAUUUUUCUACUCUCACAUGUCUAAGUAAGCUUAAUAAUUUAAUCAGCGAGUGAAUCACUAGAGGUGUAAAGAUUUGUGCUGACUGUUUUGUGUUACUCUGUCUCAUCUUGUAAAUCUUUUGGGAAGAAAAUGAAUUAUUGCUUUGUUUAGGACAAUACAAGAUGACUUCACUCCAUCUGUUUGAGUCAGAAAUUAUUGAGUGGAACACUCCUAUUCCUAUGACAAUCUAACAGUACAAAUUAUUGAAUGAAACUCCUAUUCCUA